GCAGCCCCUUUGUAAAAGAGGUGACUUGAAGGAAUGUGAUGUUUGCCUUCCCUAGUUAAAAUUCUCUUCCUUCAAGCCACAGUCACAUUAAGUAGAUAUCAUUCAUAACAUGAACAUGGCCUGCCAGCAUUUCAAGCUGCAUCUGGUGAUUGUUUCACUGCUUCUCUUCAUCUACAUUUUUCCAGAAAGAACAAGAGGAGGCAAACUUUUACAAGCAGUUCAGAAAAAGGAAGGUGGUACAACAGGAGGUAAACUUAUCCAGACAAUUCAUCAAAAAGAAGCAUCUACUAAGCCAGCAGUCUCAAUAUCUGAAAACAGUGCCAAACAGUUUUUGCUAAAGCGGAGCAAACGACAGCUAUGGGACAUGACACAACCAGAUGUUCAGCAGUGGUACUGGAACUUUCUAUACAUGGGAUUUGAUGAAGCUAAAUUUGAAGACGAUGUGUCUUACUGGAGGAAUUACGUACCCAGCAGCCAUGAUCACUAUCAUCGUCAGUAUUAUGAUGAAGAUGCCCCCGUUGGUUCAUUUAACCUGCAAGCUGCAAGACACGGUGCAGGAGUUAACUAUGACUAUUAUUGAGCAAUUCGCUUACAUGACUAUACGAUGGCAAAACAAGUACACUGCACUGCCAUGCUAUUGGUUCAAAAUAGUCAUGUGGGAUAAAGGAUUUGGAGCUGCAAACUGCAGUAUUCACAUAAUGAUUCAAAAACUGCUUGUUUAAACAAUUAUAUUUAAAUACUUCAUAUGUUUUUGUUACCUCACCUUUUAUAACAUCAUGGUUCUUCCUAGAAUCAGACACCCCAGACCCUAACCCCUCUUCAUACCUUACUGCUUCUUUAAUGAAUAUGUUGUUGACAUUUUCUACUGUCUGCGUUUUUUUACAAUUGUACUAGUUAUCAUUUGGUUAGUUUAAAAAAGAAUAGAGCAAUGUAAUCACUUCAAACAUCACAGACUGAUGAAGUAUUAAACUGUGUUUUUACUUGUUCUCACUAAACUCAUUAUUAAGUGAAUUAUUACAGAUGUGUAAUAAGUAUUUAGAACGUGAGUUUAAUAAAAGAUCACCAAUGUUUAA